CAUUCCUCUGUGCACUUGCGUCCCGUGCAACCUGGACAUAAACACUGACCUGUCACUCUUUCAGGUUCCGCAUUUGGUAUUAACUUUGAUAGACUAACGGGACUUACAUCUUUCAGUCAUGCCGAGACGAGCACUCAGAUGUGUUGUUGAUCUUAACAUAAAUACGGUCUCAGCACCAGGGGUAUGGCUGCCCAGCAAAGAAGAUAUCUACUUAAGUGUUUCUGUUUUCAACCAGUACAGAAAUACACGCCUGGUGACUUCACUCUUUCCUUUACUGUUAAAUGAGACGUUCAGGUUUGAAAAGACAUACUACACAGCUGUUGACCGUCAUGUUGCCGAACUCCUUGAAGAUGAACUGAUCAUCUUUGAGCUCUUGCAACUGUCGGAGUACACCGAUGGCGCUGUCCGUCUUGCCACGUUCUCCACCAAUGCCAGGGACUUCCUCUACCCCUAUCCUUCCCUCGCCCCCAUCUACUCCUCUGCGGACAGGGAGAUCCUCAUGAGUAGGACAAUUGCCUUCCCGGGUAUCUCCCCCAAGCUAGAGUUCUCCACUCGAAGUGUAAUCAGGGAAUCUCUCUCUCCAGAAGUAGAUGCCUUAGAAGAUGCCUUAGAGGAUGAACGGCUGAGACGACGAAGGAAAGCAAGGAGAACACCAUCAGCAAGACGGUGCAGAUCCCCGACAGGAAUAUACUACCGAGUCAACAGCGACUACCAGCUGCCAACAUCAGCUUUUCUUUCUCGUUCCAGAUCAUCCUCCCCAAGUCUCAGGGCCAAAUAUGAAGAUAACAGUCUGGAAAGUACUAUUGAUGGACGACCUCCUUUUGUUGUCAGGAAACUCACAGAAGAUUUGAUAGGACGAAACCCAGGAGGUCCUACCGCCAAAAAUGCCAAAUCAAAGAAGAAGAGCAGCUUGUUGAGUCGGUCACCAAGUACCACCAGUCUCAGUCUUCGUCACCUUCAGUGCCCAACGUGUCUUGAUGUAUAUAGCGAGGCCAACUGUCUCGUCUGUCGUGCCUACCGCAGACACAUGGGGCGGCCAUACUGGGGCCACACCCACUUUCACCACCCCACAGGACACAUACAUAAUUACAAAUGGAGAGAGGUAAUUCGCGAGCCAUAUGAAGACCCAGUUCCAGUGUAUGGUUCCGCUAUGGCACAUACGAUGAUGAUGGUGCGUUUACUUUCAUGUUCUUUGUUGAGAUAUGUUUAUGCUGAGGUAGCUGAGCUGACAUCAUCACUGAGAGAUAUCGAAGUGCCCCGACUGCGGCCUCGUUCUGUGAGCCCAGUGCUGUACACCCCAAGUUAGCGCGCCCGAUUUGGCAGCGGUACCUACUCUCCAACCUACAGCCUGAGUAGCCGGGUCGACAGCAUCCUGCGGAGGAACAGGUCUCUUGAAAGACUUGAUCGACUCAGUCCUGUCAAUACUACCCCGAUUUACACAAGGAGGUAUCCAUUCUAUGACUCCCUGGAUGACCUUGAGCUGGAGACCAAGCUGGCUAGAUCCAGGAGCCUUGUACACCUCGAUGAAGGAAAGUACUGGACGCCCAAUGCAGCAAAACUGAGCGGUAAAACACAUCGACAGGUUUUCACUGAUACCCUAAGUACUAUAUAUGGAAAACUUUACAAUACAGCUAGAAAACAGAGUCCUCACAAGUUUACAUAGAUCUGUUUUAUAAUUAACUAUUAUAAUGGACUUUAGUUACAGCACUGGUUGGAACGGACACAUGUUGUCAACAUCUUCAUCAGAGUUGCUGAGAAUACUAAGAAAAUAGAUGAAUAUAGGGUAAAACAACAGACAGAUGAAAUAAUUUAUGUUUGUCACUGCUGUUUAUUUUUGGGGGAAACUAAAAGUGAACAUGCUGAACAGUAUUAAUUCAGCGUAUAUUGUACACAAUUUGUACACAUUUUGUACCAACUGUUCCAACCAGUGAUGGGAUAGAUCUCAUGUUGUUGUGUACAACUGAACAUUCCCCUUGAAUGUUUUAAACAUAAUAUUUCAAUAUGAAAAAUACCCUAUUUUUCUGAUAAUUUUAUCAAAGGAUGAUUUCAUCUUAUAAUACUCUAUGUUGUUAUUUAUUUAUGUUUGUACUAUAAUUCAAUCAUAUUUGUCCAUCAUGAAAUGAGUGAAGUUCUCUUUUAUAAAAAGCAAGGGCUAUGCAAGGUAAAAAAUAUUCAAAUUUCUACUAAAAUUUAAAUUUAUAAAAAGCAAUUGUCUUAUUCCUUAGGAGAGUUGUUUUAUUUAUUAACUUACCAAUGCAAGAAAAAUGCAAUCACAUAAAAAUCAGAUCUUUGUUCUUGCUACCAUUGAACACAGAUCUGAGGCCGUUCCAUUACAGGUGUCUUCAGAAUGACCUGUUUCUGACCAAUGAAAUGACAAACCAAAAUUUGACUUUAGCCAAUCUCAGCUUUCUCAAUAUACUGUAUUAAUAAUAUUUGAACAAAGGACUGGAUUCAGAAUUGAAGUAUGAGACAGACGAUGAUGUGAGGUAUUGUUUCUAACAGCCAUUACUGUCCUUCAUGUUACCACAUGUUAUCCUGUUGGAGGUGGCAUGACUAGACAACAAUCACACAUUCCAACUGUCUUCUUUCCCGAUCUGGCGAGCAAUGCUAAGAUAGUUCUGACCUGACCUGAAAUGGGAUAUCCUAAGAUCUUUGUUUUGCAGUAGUGAGAACUCAGAUGAGAUUUCAAGGAGAUUGAAAAACAUGACCGAAAUAUGUAAUUGAAUUUUGAGAGAAAGAGCUAUGCAUAUAUCAUCAACACAUGCUCAAAUGUUACUGCCAGAGUAUUUUAUGAUCAGUCACUUGUUAUGGAACUGUUUUGUCAAAAGGUGAAGUCCUUUUGAACAGGUUGAAACAGGCCUUAUAUUGUAUAUAAUGUUAUUUGUUACCAUGGACCCUUGCAAAUGUUGCUUUUCACCAAAUGAUUUUAGUAAAUAAGUUUUAGAUCUUAGACAUUGUAUAAUCUUAUAUAUUUACAUUCUUAAAACAAUUGUUCAAUUGUUGAACCUGCUGAAGGUUUAUUCUAUGAACAUGAUUUUGAGAUAUUGUUAGUGGUAGCUUUUAUUACGGUACAAAUCUGUCCACUUGAAUGAUCGAUUGUUAGAUUUGUAUUUUAAAAAACACUCAGUAUUUUAAACAUCUACCUCUUUGUUCAAUCGAAGUAGAUGAGACCUAGGAUGUAAUGAGAAACUCAAUCCUGAAUUGGAACAGUAAAUUUAAACAUUUUUCUUGCUUCAUUUGAAAGUAAAGGAUUUUUCAAGGGAACAGUUAGAUCUUCCAAUGGUGAAAUUUGGUAACAAUAUCUUGAAAGCUUUUCUUUAAAAGUCUCUUUUUCUUAUCCCUUACUUAUAUUUAUUCCCUCUGUAUGAAGGAUUGGUUGUUGAAAAAAAGAUUAAAAAAUGAUGCUAACAACUGACUUCGGUUUACACAGAUAAACAAACAGUGUUCAACCUUUGCUUUGAAAGUUGAAUAGUUCUUAGUAAAUCCCAAUGUUGAAGAUUAAAGAUUUAGGGAGUUCCUAGAUUCCAUUGAAAUGGAAGCAAAGCUGAAGAAUAACAGGAAUGCCUUUAAUUUGGAUUUGAGCAUAAUCGAGUACUGAAAUCAUUAUAUUUUAAAGUGAACAUCAAAUGGCUGUUUUGUGUAGAUUUUAUCUGAUUUCUGUUGCAAGAGUGUGCGAAGGUUUUAGUCACUUGGGACCAUAUGUCUUCUGGACAAGCUGUCUUCGACAUAAUCCACUGUAUCUGUGAUAUAUACAUAAAGUUUGUUAUAUACAUUGUAACCUUUGUUUUCUCUAGGUCUUAUAUUCCCUAAUAAAGUUUCUAUCUCUA